GAAUGACCGCCACUUUCGGUGGGCUGGAAAUCUUGGCUCCUACGUCCUAGUCUUCUACGUUUAUUUCAGUUCAAUUUCAAUCGCUCAUGUUAUACUUCAGCCGUUUCGUUGCAUUGAAUUUCUAAAAUAUAAAGGAAAAUUCACCUCGUCGUAAGACGUAAGGAAAAAAGUGUACUGUUUGUGUUACAUGUCAUGUCCUUCUUUAUUAGUUACUUGAAAAGGCUGAAAUUCUAGGUUUCCAGCUUUCGCGGGAGGCGGGAGUACCGCCUGUCAAGUGUCAAGCAAAGUGGAUUUUCUAAUUGCCUUGCCCAGUGGCCAAGGCCAGGGUAUCAAAAGAUUAUUUGCUGUUCUCCUCCAAUAAGUGAAAAUUCAUUUACAAAAUUCACUAUCUAUUUUUGGAAACGAUUUUGUUAGAUCAGCCUAGAAGUUAACAUGGCUGUGGAAAAAAAUCAUGUCCUUCAUGGUUUUGACCCCGCCCUCACAUUCUCUGAUUCUGAUUCGGAUGACCUCUAUUCUGUAGAUAUUAGUGAAAUCAAAGCCAGUGCUGAGGCUGCUGCUUCAGCCAAAUGUGCCAGCAACUCUCCUCCCUCAGCCAAACGUGCUAGUUUUUGGCUGACUCCUCCGACAGUGAAGCAUAAGCAUUCCAGAUCAUCUGAUUCCGAUGAUGAGGACAAUAUCAUUUGUCUUUCUGAUAAAGAGUGCAAAACUCCUUCAGUCCUGUCACCAAGUCUAGAAUUGGACUCAAUUAAAGUUUCUGGAAGAAGACUGGUCAAGAUCAGCAAGAAAACACAGAAGAUUUUUGAAACAUUUGAGAAAAUUAAAUUUGACUCUGAAAAGCUGGAGUUGGAAGCACUGGACCAAACCCCUGAAGUGGUAGUGUCUGAUGACGAUGACAAUGAAGAAAUUUUGGUUAAAGUAAAGUGUGGGAAAUCUUACACCAAAUUUCCGCUCAAACAGAAAGAUCCUUUUGGAAUAAUAUACCAGAAGCUUGCAGAACAACACAAUGUGAGAUUUGACCAAGUAGUAUUGAGUCUGAAUGAUUCCAUCAUCCAUGCGGAUCAAACCCCUGCUGAUGUAGGACUUUCCAUCAUUGAUUUUGUAGAGUGUGGCAUCAUUCGAAGCAAGAGCAAAGAGACAGCUGGCAAGAAUGCUGUAUCUGCGACCAUUGAAGGUUUGGACGAAAACAUCGACUCCAUACGCCUGAAGAUGCAGUGCAACGCACGACGUGGAGUACUCUAUGUUACCAUCAACAAGUUCAGCAAGAUGUCCGAGGCUAUGAAGGCUUAUGCAGAAGAAAAGGGAAAGGGUAUUGCUGAUUUCAGGUUUAUGUUUGAUGGUGAGAAAUUAGAUCCUGAUGAAACGCCUCUCACUCUCGAUUUGGAUGGAGGAGAAUGCAUUGAUGUUUAUGACGCAUAGUAGUAUAAGGUUAUGUAGGAGCUUUUUGAUUGAAGCUGUGAUUUUGAGAGAUAUUGGCAGGAGAGAUAUUAUUACACAUGUCUUUGUACCUGGUAGUUAAGUAGUAUAAUCGUGAAAGGAUUCGGUAAUUUUUUUUUUGUUAUGGAACUCAAUGUAGGAUAAACGUGGAAAGACUUGUUAUAUUUCAGUCGUUAAUUAACUCCUCAUUAAACUGACAUUUUAUACGAAACCUAUUUUGCCGAUUUGUAAAUUUGACAAAUUGUUAAACUUUGGCUUAUGCAGCCGGAGAGAACUAAGAUUGUUUGGUUUUGUGUGAUUUGAUGGUAAUUUUUAGUGGUCGAAGUUUUGAAAUUUCUAAAAUCAAAUUAAUGGUUAAGCUAUUGUUUAUAGAACACGUCUUAACAUUGAAUUUUUAGGAACAUCCUUCCGGCCAUAAUUUGGGUCUUUCCUGGUAUUUUACAAUGAAAAUGUGAUCUGAUAAUAAACUAUAACUGUGAA